AUCUGCCUCUCCAAAUAUAAUUUUUUCCUCAUGUGGAUGUAAAGGAGGAGGCACAGUGUCGCUGUCGGUCUUAUUUCACUGCAACACCUGCCUCAUUCCAGCCCUUUGAUGCAGCCACGCUUCUCCUAAAUGACGAUGGCGGAUGACACUGAGGAUGUUGAGCUGGACUUUGCAGCUGACGAGCAGGAGAGGGCGCGGAGAAGCGCAGUCAUAAGACACCCUCUGGCCUCCUUUUUCCACCUCUUCUUCAGAGUGGUGGCCAUUGUUGUGUAUCUGCUGUGUGACUGGAUCAGCAAGAGCUUUGCGUCAUGCUUUGUCCUCAUCAUCGCUCUGCUGUCUUUCGACUUCUGGUCUGUGAAGAAUGUAACCGGGCGGCUGUUGGUGGGGCUUCGCUGGUGGAAUCAGAUCGAUGAGGAUGGAAGGAGCCUUUGGGUGUUUGAGGCCAAAAAAGAGUCCCGGGGCAGUUACACUGGAACAGAGGCAGAAGCUAGAAUAUUUUGGCUUGGCCUGAUCAUCUGUCCUCUCAUUUGGACAUUCUUCUUCUUCACCUCCCUCUUCUCCCUGAAGAUUAAAUGGCUGUCACUGGUGGUCGCCAGUAUUUCCCUCCAAGCUGCUAACCUCUACGGCUACCUUCGCUGCAAGGCGGGAGGGCAGGACGGCCAACCUCCAGACAAACGCUCUUUCUCAGGACAGCACCUCCUCCAGCGUCCAGACAUCAUCUUUGGGAUUCUGUGAAGGUUACCUCCUGCACCUGUGCUGCACUUUGUGUGGAAGAUAAAGAUUCAGAGCUGCCUCAUCCCCAGAAUUUCCUGGAACUGCACCUUUACUUGACUAGCUUUGUGUCUUGUGCAUGCCUUUGUUUCAUGCUGUGGACUGUUUAUUUCACACAUCUGGCUAUUAUGUGCAUAAAGGAGAAGUGCAUUUUACACUUAUUGCUGCUGGGUGACCUCCACAUAUCUGCAAUUUAUGAAACGAGUAAAAAUUAAACAGAUUUUAAACAGCCGUCUAAAAUGCGUGAUUGAAAAUGUUCUGUAAUUGUAAAACGAGAAAUACUGUUUGAUGAAAAUGAACUGCAAUCUGGAGGUUUUUGUACUUUAGGGUUCCACAUAAUGUACAUAUAUAAAUAAAUGCGUAAAAGAGUGUGAAAACUAAUAAACAGCCAUAGCUAGAGAUGUCCAAUAUUGGCUUCUUGGCCAGUAAACAAUGUGCUGAUAUUG